AUCAACGGUGUCCGGCAUCUUGAAGCUUUUCAGACAUCGCUUUCCAAUCCCGCCCAACAACAGUCGGCCAGCAACUCUGCCACCACCACCCCUCCCAAUUGCCUCUAAAGCCUCCCCGGCUUUCGAACUCUCUCCUCCCCCGCUUUCUAUCCGGCACAUGCGAUGAUGCUGUCGCGGUCUACUCUUAGCCGAAGUGCGCCCCGUGCGCUCCAGGUUACCAACCGUCGUAGCAUGGCCUCUGCCAGCAAUCCCGGUCUCCAGUAUGAGGUCUCGGAUGCUGCUGGUGUGAAGAUUGCCAACCGGGAGGUCGCCGGUCCUACGAGCACCCUGGCGCUGGUUUCCAAGGCUGGUUCCCGCUACCAGCCCUUCCCUGGUUUCUCCGAGGCCCUCGACCGAUUCGCUUUUCAAUCUACAGUGAAGCGGUCAGCAUUGCGGAUCACUCGGGAGGUUGAGCUGCUAGGCGGUGCCUUUUCCUCGUCACAUUCGCGUGAGAACGUCGUCCUCACGACCAAGUUCCUUUCGAAUGACCUCCCAUACUUCACGGAGCUGUUGGCGGAAGUUGCUUCUCAAUCGAAGUUUGCAGCGUGGGAAUUGGACGAGCUCGUCGCCAACCUCCUCAAGCUCAGACAGCAAGCUAUUACUGCUGACCCUGAGUACCUUGGUAUCGAUGCCGCCCAUGGCUUGGCUUUCCACCGCGGCCUCGGUGACAACAUCACCCCUAACACCUCCGUCCCGUUUGAGAAGUACCUCUCCGUCGAGGCUCUCUCUGAGUUCGCCAAGGACGCCUACUCCAAGUCCAACAUUGCCCUCGUCGGCAGUGGCCCCAACUCCUCGGAGCUUUCUAGGUGGGCUGGUCAAUUUUUCCAGGGGCUCCCGACCACUGGCACCUCUGGUCAAUACAAGGUCCAGGACAAGGGGGCCUCGAAGUACCACGGUGGUGAGCAGCGCAUCUCCCACAAGUCCGAAAACGCUGUCGUGAUUGGUUUCCCCGGCUCCAGCGCAUUCGGCACCUCUGGCUACAAGCCCGAGGUUGCCGUCCUCGCUUCCCUCCUUGGUGGUGAGUCGACCAUCAAGUGGACUCCUGGCUUCUCGCUCCUGUCCCAGGCCACCCAGAGUUUCGCUCAGCUUCGUGUCUCGACCAAGAGCCACACCUACUCUGACGCCGGUCUCUUCACUAUUGCGCUCUCCGGAAACGCAGGCCAGGUCGCUACUGCCAGCAAGAACGUCGUUGAUGCUAUCAAGAAAGUCGCUGCUGGUGAGGUUGCCAGCGAGGAGAUCAAGAAGGCAGCUGCACUCGCCAAGUUCCGUUCUCUCGAGUCAGUCCAGACCCUCGAGACUGGGCUUGAGGCCUCUGGCUCCGCCCUGAUCAACGGCGGCAAGCCCUACCAGAUCGACGAGAUCGCCCAGAACAUUGACAACGUUACUGAGCAGCAGGUUAAGGAUCUUGCCAAGUCUUUCCUCUCCGGCAAGGCCUCCGUCGUCGCUGUUGGCGACCUCUUCCAGCUCCCGUAUGCCGAGGACCUGGGCCUGACUGUUUAAAUAUGUAUACCAUACGUGCUAGACUUGACUUGAUUGAAAAAAAAAAAAAAGGAAAAGAAAACCACCAAUACACCCCACCAAUUACUAUGUGUC